AUGUCUUCGUUUAUUCCACCACCCCCAAAUGCAGCUUGGUAAUAACCUUUUGAUUUAAACGAUGAAGAACUAUUGGAAUAAGAAGAGAUUGCACAUGAAGAAGAAUUAAAAGCAAUGUAUAUGCAUGAAGCAAACAAUAAUUUUGGAAUUGAAUGUAGAGAUGGAGAUUAUUAAGAAGAUGGUAAUAUAUAGAAAAAUAUUCAAAAUAUAUAUACAUAUAUAUAUUUUGUUAUAUUUAUAUAUUUACUUAAUAGAAGAAUUAGAAGAAGCAGAUGAAUAUGAA